AUGGACAGUGCUGCUGUGCAAGCCGAGUCCUCCAUAAGUGUAGAUUUUGAUGCUGUUUUUGGGGGCGGGGCUAGAGGAAUAGCCAAUAACGGCGUGCAGCCAGCCGCUGAUGGGUUUGAUGCUCUUGGGGACCUGCUGAAGCCCACAAUGUCCAACCAUAACCAGGCUCCCCCCAUGGCCCUCCACCACCCCCACCCAAGUCACCCCCAUCCAGGGUACCACCCAGGGGGCAAGCUGCUGGCCAACGACCUGGAUUCCUCCCUCGCCAACCUCGUUGGCAAUCUGCAGUUCGGAGGAGCCCCAGCCAAGAAGCCAGACAUGCAGUGGAGCCAGUCUGGAGAGAAGAGGCUAACUGGGGGACACAACUGGCAGAGUAAGACCAUGACCAGCACCACGGCCUGGAACCCUGUUCCCAUGGCCCCCGCACCCAUGCCUGUACAACACCUGGCUCCAGCUCCUAUGCCUUUCCCCAUGACCACACCGCAAGUGCCUAUGUAUGGAAUGGUUCCUCAGAUGGGUCAGAUGGGGGGUGUACAGGUGAUGGCCACCCAGCCCAUGAUGUACAACCAGCCUGUACUCAGACCCACAAAUCCCUUCUCCCCCAUGCCUGGAGCCCAGAUGCAGUUCAUGUAAUUUCAUCGGGGGGAGCAGAGUGACAAAAAUGAUGGCUUAAACCCACAGAGCGGACGAACGAUGAAUAGGGGAACGAAUGAAUGAAAGACUGAGGGGCAGACAGAAGAAAAACCAGCCAACACCAAAUACAAGAGGAGAGGAAGAUGAACCCGGGAGAUGGAGGGAUAGAGGAGGGUAGACCCGGGAGAUGGAGAGAGAAGGGUAUAGCAAGGAAGAGGGGAGAUUGGGGAGUGUUUAUGAUAUCAUAAAGGCUUACCUCUCUGUCUGAAACAGCCCCCACCCCCCCAAAAAAAAUACAGAACCCCCAUAAAUGGAUAGGUCUUUUGGAGUAGACGGUGUGAAGGGGUCAGGUUUGAAAGGCCAUAGGUUCAUUACACUUAGGACCAGUGUGUACAUUGACUUUUCUGUGUUGGGUUAGUUUGUCUUCUGUUACCUUUGGUGUAGAUAGAUGGAUUACGACCUGUUAAAAUGACUGGGACUCUUCGAUGUUGUAGGUAUGUUACUGAGCUGAUAUUGAGCACUUUUGACACACACACAUAGACAGACAGAGGUGUGGAUCUAGCCAUGGGCAGAACGGACUGAUUUGUCUAGAAACAGAUCGGCAGGUUACAGUUGGAGCCAUCCUCUCUGGUUGGUGAGAUACUUACAAACCGGUAGGAACUCAGUAGUUUGUGUUCUGGUUUUCUAUCUGUGUGUGUGCGCACACUGUUUAUAAAGCAUUACUUAGUGAGCUGGUCUCUAGCUGCUUUCUUAGACUAAAAGGUCACCAAAUUAAAGCUGUUUUUUGUUUUCCAAUUUUCUCACUGUUACUCAUCAACAGGGUGGAAAUGUUUGUCCCUGCUCGCUAGCCGUCCUUGACUGUUUGCUAGUUCAGAAAAAGGCACUUACGGUCUGUAUGUUACCCAUGGGAGGUGUUUCAGACAUGGAGAAGCCGUCACCAGGUGUAAUCAGACUGGAUAGAAAACAUUACGGACACCCCUCUACCCUCACCAUCAUCCUACCGUCAAUCAGACUGGAUAGAAAACAUUAAGGACACCCCUCUACCCUCACCAUCAUCCUACCGUCAAUCAGACUGGAUAGAAAACAUUAAGGACACCCCUCUACCCUCACCAUCAUCCUACCGUCAUUCAGACUGGAUAGAAAACAUUAAGGACACCCCUCUACCCUCACCAUCAUCCUACCGUCAUUCAGACUGGAUAGAAAACAUUAAGGACACCCCUCUACCCUCACCAUCAUCCCACCGUCAAUCAGACUGGAUAGAAUACAUUAAGGACACCCCUCUACCCUCACCAUCAUCCUACCGUCAUUCAGACUGGAUAGAAUACAUUAAGGACACCCCUCUACCCUCACCAUCAUCCUACCGUCAUUCAAACUGGAUAGAAAACAUUAAGGACACCCCUCUACCCUCACCAUCAUCCUACCGUCAUUCAGACUGGAUAGAAUACAUUAAGGACACCCCUCUACCCUCACCAUCAUCCUACCGUCAUUCAGACUGGAUAGAAAACAUUAAGGACACCCCUCUACCCUCACCAUCAUCCUACCGUCAAUCAGACUGGAUAGAAAACAUUAAGGACACCCCUCUACCCUCACCAUCAUCCUACCGUCAUUCAGACUGGAUAGAAAACAUUAAGGACACCCCUCUACCCUCACCAUCAUCCCAACUCUCAGCUGCUUCUCAUGUAUUCUCUGUCUGUCCAUGGAGAGAGCUAGAGAACUGUUGAGCACAUCUGAAAUGGCACCCUGUUCUCUAUCAAGUGCACUACUGCCCUGGUUAAAAGUAGUGGCCUACAGUAUUUAGAGAAUAGGUUGCCAUUUGGGAACAUUGCUGAUGUAAAAUGUUUCUAACCCCUCUACUGCGUCUUGUAAAAACAGUUUCCUCAUCCUUCUGUACCCUCGAAUUUUGACGGAUUCAUGCUUACACACACACACACACACACACACACACACACACACACACACACACACACACACACAGGCAUGCAAUAACGUGUGCAUACAGAUGUGCACACAUGCAUGUAGCACGUUACAAAUACACACACACACACACAUGCAGAAACACACACUGAACAAUGUUAGAUUUUUCUGGGAUAAUUCUGGUAGUAAUAAUGUCAAUUUAAAUUUUUAUAUUCUUUUAUCGUACUGUCAUUACUCAUUUAUGUAUUGUUUUAAAGCAAUGCUCUGUCACUUUUCCUCCCACUUAUCAAGAUGUCAUAUGAAAGGAUGUCAAAGUAACUUCUGGUGUCAAGGGAUGAUAUUAUCCUGUUGUUGAGUCUAAGAUAACUCUCAUAACGGGUGUUUCAUGAUGUUUUGAACAGUCUGUGUGUCAACAAGGUUGGUACUGGUUCACACACUGAACCUUAUUGCCAAGGAUUACUUUAUCGUUAAAUACUUUUUUGGGGCACAUGGAGUUGAAAAUGGACAACCCAUUACUGGUUUGCUAACACUCUGGUUCCCAUAUGCUUAAUGAAAGGAUGUCAAUGGAACUAUUGCAGCUCAGGGGUUAACAACUUUUGGCCAAAAUAACCAUUGCCACAAUUUCCACUGUAGUAAUUCCCCUGUAUAAAACGCAUUGCUGUGUUUUCCUGUGUAACACGCUCAUGCCAUGUGUUGCUCACCCAGGGCUGUUUUCUGUCUGUUUCCUGCAUCUUGGUAGCAGGUCUGUUUCCUGGCUCUUGGUAGCAGGUCUGUUUCCUGCAUCUUGGUAGCAGGUCUGUUUCCUGCAUCUUGGUAGCAGGUCUGUUUCCUGCAUCUUGGUAGCAGGUCUGUUUCCUGCAUCUUGGUAGCAGGUCUGUUUCCUGCAUCUUGGUAGCAGGUCUGUUUCCUGCAUCUUGGUAGCAGGUCUGUUUCCUGCAUCUUGGUAGCAGGUCUGUUUCCUGCAUCUUGGUAGCAGGUCUGUUUCCUGCAUCUUGGUAGCAAGUCUGUUUCCUGCAUCUUGGUAGCAGGUCUGUUUCCUGCAUCUUGGUAGCAGGUCUGUUUCCUGCAUCUUGGUAGCAGGUCUGUUUCCUGCAUCUUGGUAGCAGGUCUGUUUCCUGCAUCUUGGUAGCAGGUCUGUUUCCUGCAUCUUGGUAGCAGGUCUGUUUCCUGCAUCUUGGUAGCAAGUCUGUUUCCUGCAUCUUGGUAGCAGGUCUGUUUCCUGCAUCUUGGUAGCAGGUCUGUUUCCUGCAUCUUGGUAGCAGGUCUGUUUCCUGCAUCUUGGUAGCAGGUCUGUUUCCUGCAUCUUGGUAGCAGGUCUGUUUCCUGCAUCUUGGUAGCAGGUCUGUUUCCUGCAUCUUGGUAGCAAGUCUGUUUCCUGCAUCUUGGUAGCAAGUCUGUUUCCUGCAUCUUGGUAGCAAGUCUGUUUCCUGCAUCUUGGUAGCAGGUCUGUUUCCUGGCUCUUGGUAGCAGGUCUGUUUCCUGGCUCUUGGUAGCAGGUCUGUUUCCUGGCUCUUGGUAGCAGGUCUGUUUCCUGGCUCUUGGUAGCAGGUCUGUUUCCUGGCUCUUGGUAGCAGGUCUGUUUCCUGGCUCUUGGUAGCAGGUCUGUUUCCUGGCUCUUGGUAGCAGGUCUGUUUCCUGGCUCUUGGUAGCAGGUCUGUUUCCUGCAUCUUGGUAGCAGGUCUGUGCUCUCUUGCCAACUUCUUAUGUAAUUGUCAUGCUAAAUGCUGCCCGUGGAGUAGGCAAAAGCACAAACAGACCUGGGACCAGGCUAAUAUCUUGGCGCUGAAGUCGAUGAUGACUAUGCCCCCUGAUGUACGUACAGCUCUAGAUUCUUCCUCUGGUCUCUCCAAUGCCUGUCUAGUAUGUACAGCUCUAGAUUCUUCCUCUGGUCUCACCAAUGCCUGUCUAGUAUGUACAGCUCUAGAUUCUUCCUCUGGUCUCAUCCAGUGCCUGGUAGUUUAUAGUUAUAAAAUAUCCCCCUCCUUGUAUACUGUCAGGUAGACCCAGCUCUAGAAUUACCCCCAUAUUGCUGUCUCUUCUUCAUUCUCCUAUAGAUACGGCUUUAGAAUCCCCUUCUAACUUCCUGUUUCGCUGGGCUCUGUCAUUGGCCUUCACUGCUUCUGCUGUGAGUGGGCAUGUCCCCACUCCACAGUGUCCAUCAAUCCUGGAAACUUUAAAACUGUCUUGGAUUGGAUCAUAUGCAUCAAUAGCCAAUCGGCUGGCUACGGGUGGUAUUAUCAUCCUUAUGACAGAUGAGGCCUGUAGUCUUUCUGAAAUGUCUCUGUCUAAAGGAUAGCCUCGCUAUAGUAGCACCUGUGUAAGGGGGGUUGAGUGGUGGUUUGGAACUUAAGGGCUCCCCUCAAUCUUUGUGGCCCAAAACAGAUGCCCUUCUCUGGACUCCUCGGAUUCAUACAGUCCCUGAAUCUGGUGGGCAUGGAGCUCUGGGUAGCAGUUGGUCUUUUAGGCCCAGAUCUAGGAUCAACCCAUAAGCCAUAUGGCUCUGGUCUAAAGUAGUGCACUAUAUAGGGAACAGGGCUCUGGUCAAAAGUAGUGCACUAUAUAGGGUAGCUGGUGCCAUUUGGAAUGCAACUUAUUGUUUGCCAUUAAUUUAAAAAAAAAUUAUAAUCUCCCAAAACAUUUAUUUUUCCUUUCUCCUGAAUUUAUCACGUCUUGUGUUCUCCAGUUUGUCUUUAAUUAUUAUUUUGGGGAUUCCAUGCAGAAAAACAAUGUAUAAAACAAGUCCUGCCUGUAAAUUGAGGUGUUUUGUGUAAAUUUGAGCUGGUUUCAAAAUGGUGGAAAGGCAGAGAGAGUGACAGCGUGGAGAGUUGUGAUGUCUUGUCCUCGCUACACCUUAAAAGCCUGGUGAAACAAGACUGAAACGUAAGCAUAUCAGCUUGGAUUUCAGGCUAGUUAAAAGCAUGACCUGAUCUACUCUGUCAACUCGCUCAAGUGUCCGUGUUGUCAUGAAAAGGCACCCCUAACCUAACCUGCUACAAGAACCGGUACCCCUAACCUAACCUGCUACAAGAACCGGUACCCCUAACCUAACCUGCUACAAGAACCGGUACCCCUAACCUAACCUGCUACAAGAACCGGUACCCCUAACCUGCUACAAGAACCGAUACCCCUAACCUGCUACAAGAACCGGUACCCCUAACCUGCUACAAGAACCGGUACCCCUAACCUAAACAGACCUAUUCAAUCUCAAUUGUCUUUCCUUGAUUCCUGUCUUCUCAAAAUGCAUUGGUCUGACGGGUGUAGCCCGACCCACUUUUCCAAAGAUGCCAUGUAACUUUUCCUCCUAUUGAAAUGGGUCUUUUUGAUCAUAUCUAAGUGAAGCACCCUCUGUUGGUGAGCCUUUUCAUACGAGACACGUGUCAGUGAAUCUGAAACGCACAAAGGAAGAGGGAGGCUUUUGGGGUUAUGAAUGGAUACGUUUGGAUAAAUCUCUCCCUGAAAUGUAUUUGUUUUAUCUGUUUAAAAAAACAAAAACAAAAAACGUAUAAAUUCCCUCGUUUUCAGUCGGUGUGUUCGUUCAAAGAUUUUCCUGUGGACAUUUUUUUUUCUAAAUGUUUUUUUUGGUCUCAACUAUUCUGACUGCUGCCUGGUGAUUUACUAUGUACAUACAAACACACACAUAAUAUACAUCCUAAAUGACAACCUACUCCCUAUAGAGUGCAUUACUUAGUGAACUACGUACAGUAGGGAAGAGAUUGCCAUUUGCGAUGCGUGCACACACACACAUCUGCUAUAAAUUUGUUUUCUGAACCUGAGCGAUAAUUGCAUUAUGUGGUAUAUAUAUAUAAUAUAAUACCCAAUGGGGGAUUUCAUGUAUGGAGAAGGAAGGAAGGCGAUUGGCUGCAUGUCUACAGGCCAUCAAUGAAUUGUCCAUUUGAUCAGUUGUUGAUCGAUUGAUUGGUCGUCAAUGAUUCAGAGAAUGACACCUUCGUCUCUGAUUUUUCUCGUUCUUCCCCCUCUUUGUAAAUGUUUAUUUAUUUAUGCAGAAAUAUAAGGAUUUUAUUAAGCAUGGAAAUAAUACAAAACAAAUGUUUCAGAAUAUAAUUCAAUUAUGGGCUUUUAUUUUAGUUUUUUUUGUUUUGUUGAAAUAAAGUCAUUUUCCAUUCC